UAAUCAGCCGCGGCGCUUUGUGGACGGACGUUUCUUUCUCCAGUGAUAAUCUUGUCCCGUAGACAAUAGUAGAAAGUGGAGUUCAGUGAAAUUGAUAACCGCCUCUGUGGCAAGUGAUAAGGGUCUGUGCGUGUCUUAAAGUGAAACGACGAAAACAGGAAUAUGACUUCCAUCAAGUUUCCAUUUGGAAUUAUAGUUCUACUAACAGCACUAGCUGUGGUGCAUCAAAGUUCGGCUUGCAGUAAGAUACCGGCGUUCAACGGUCGUCCAGUAACGAAAGAAAAGAAACCAGGCGAUAAUGGAUACCGGCUGGCGGUUCGAAACGAACCGAGCGGUUAUGAACCGGGGAAGAUCUACAACUUAUUUCUGGUCGGUUCCCGCACCCACGUGAAACUCCAGCAGUUCACCCACUUCAUGUUAACGGCACAGGCUAGCAGUGGUACGGCCAAAAAUGCCCGCACUUUCAUUGCCGGUCCGAAACGAGUCGGCCGCUUUCAACUGUUUAGCGAUUCACUGACCAAGUUUUACGACCAUUGCGUGAAUACCGUAACCCAGGCGGAUGAUUUCCCGAAAACCGAAAUCCAAGUGAUGUGGGUUGCUCCAGCUAGCGGUUCCGGAUGCGUGAGCCUUUCGGCAAUGGUAUUCGAAGGUGAGGAUUCCUGGUACUCGGAUGAUGGUGCAUUGACGAAGGUCUUGUGUGAAAUGAAACCAGAUCCUUCGGUGGUGAAGGGUGAAUGCUGCGCUUGUGAUGAAGCUAAGUAUAGCUUCGUAUUUGAAGGCAUCUGGUCCAACGAAACCCACCCCAAAGACUUUCCAUUUGCGGUUUGGCUUACUCACUUCUCCGACAUCAUUGGGGCCUCCCACGACACAAACUUUUCAUUUUGGGGAGUAAAUCACAUUGCCACCGACGGAUUCCGUUCACUCGCUGAAUGGGGUUCGAUACGUCAACUUGAGCAGGAACUACGUGCCAAAGGUCCACGAUUAAGAACGCUGAUUAAAGCAGCUGGUCUUUGGUACCCCCGUGUUAACUCCAACACCACAUCGAACUUCCGGGUGGAUCGAAAGCAUCACAAAGUAUCACUGGCUUCCAUGUUUGGUCCGUCUCCUGACUGGGUUGUAGGUGUUAGUGGACUGGAUCUGUGCAGUGAGGACUGCACCUGGGUUGAAUCCGUGGAUGUCGAUCUGCACCCUUGGGAUGCUGGAACUGAUAACGGCAUAAGUUACAUGUCGGCAAACUCCGAGACGCAACCAAGAGAAAGAAUGCAUCGCAUCACAACGUUGUAUCCCGAGGACCCUAGAGCCCCCUUCUACAAUCCUAAAUCUAAAGAGAUGACUCCAUUGGCAAAGGUCUACUUCCGGCGGGAAAAAGUCAUUCAUGGGAACUGUGACGAUGAGUUUCUCCAAGCUCAGGUGUUGGAGUUGGCGGAGAACACCGAAGAAGUUACCAGACCGGAGUGUGAAACAACCAGUUACAGUGAAUGGACGCCGUGCUCUGUUAGUUGUGGCAAAGGGAUUCGCAUGAGAACACGCGAGUACUUGCUACCGGAAAAAGCAGCACGGUUCCAGUGUAAUAGGCAGUUGAUAUCCAAGGAAAUGUGCGUAGCAGAUAUCGCUGAAUGCACUGAUGAGGGACAGGAUCAAGAUGACAGUUCAGAGGAUAUCCGUAAGACCGUUGCAAAUGUGAAUGACGAAGGAGAAGGCAUUGGAGUUUGCAAAACUACCAAGUGGAGUGAAUGGUCCGAGUGUUCCGCUAACUGUGGAAUCGGGAUUAGCAUGCGUACAAGAACCUUCAUUGACCAUAUGGGUCGGAAGAAGUGUCCUCAUAUAACUGUCGUUGAGAAAGAAAAAUGCAUGAAGCCGGAGUGUUCCCUCUAUGAUCUGGAAGUUCCCGACUCAAUGUGCCCCGUAACCUCAUGGAGCGAUUGGAGUCCUUGCAGUGCCACUUGCGGUAAAGGUGUUAAAAUUCGAACUCGCCUUCUGCUGGUUGGGCCAGAACUGCAACAGAAAUGUUCACAGCGAGUGGAAUUAAACCAGCAGCGCGCCUGUACUGAGAAGGCAGACUGUUUGUUCGACGUGUUUACGGCCCGGGAAAUUUGCUCGCAAACUCCGGAAACCGGUCCCUGCAGAGGAAAGUACCAGCGUUACGCAUAUGACGGCGCUAAGGGAACAUGUGCGCCGUUUAUCUACGGAGGCUGUCGGGGUAAUCGGAACAACUUUCUGACAAACGAAGAUUGUAUGCAAACUUGUCAGUUGGCUAGAGAGCAAUCUACCAACCAUGAUGUACAUCGUCAUCCAACUGCUGGACCAUCCAGGCGGCUGCAAGAGCAGGAUGACGAUUUGCCAGUGGAUUGUGUCUUAUCCGAUUGGACUGAGUGGAGUUCGUGUAGUGUAACCUGUGGAACGGGGAGGUCCGAGAGGUACCGAAAUGUAAUAGUGCAGGCUCAAAAUGGAGGACAACCUUGUCCUAGCAGAGUGGUCAAGCGGCGAAAGUGUACCGGACCUCCAUGCAUCUGAGUAAUAUGAAUACCGCGAACAGAGAAGAGAAGGGCCACUCGAAAUAAAAACUUCUCACAAUUCUUUUUAAAAUCACUAGCGGCACGUGGUGUCGAAGCCCUGCAAAAUACACUGUUAAUCAAUACAUUAGUUCAAAAUUAUACGACGUUACUGGUAUAAAAUAUCUAGCAAAUUCAUCCCCGAUAAUCCGACAAGUGGUUAGAAUAUGUUCUUCCAAAUAAAAAUUGUCAUGCAAUAAUUAA